CACAUGCUCUCAAGCGCUGACAGUGGCGGCCUCGUUCAGUUGCUGUCGCUCUCUCGUGGCAGCUGAAGCACGUUGUAGCAUCCAGCAUGCCUCCAUAGAAACCCCGCGCGACAACAAUGGCGAACCAGUCCACUCUCCGGCAGAGACCCGGCGACCGCGUCUCGCAGUGGAUCGACUACCUCUACACUCGUGUGGCAGCACGCGUCGAAAAGCUGCAGAAUCGAAGUCCUCUUGACCAGCGCACAACCCGACUGAUCGCCACGCUCGCCUUCGCCCUCUCCCUAAUAACCGGUUAUGGUGGGUACCGCUACUACAAAGGCGUCAAGAAGGAGAAGGAAGUCGGCAGCAGGCUUCUGCGGCGCAAUAGUGGUCUCAAAGCCAAAGAUGGCACGCGGACAAUAUACGUGCCGUACAAGGAUACCAGCAGCAAGGUUGUCAUCCAUCCGAUCAAAGCGACGACUUUCGAUGCUCACCGACGCUUUUUCCUGAACCCCAUACGACAAAGGAGCUCUGGGAGGACGAUUGCGCUAGAUGCUCCGCCCACGAAUAUCAAACCUGGCCUCAAUGUGGCAUUUGUGCAUCAGUUCAUGGCGAUAAUGCAGAUUGCGGUGCCGCGACUGGGGUCAAAAGAGUCCGGACUGCUUGCAACCCAUGCUUUCUUUCUCUUGCUGAGAACAUAUCUUUCGCUCGUAGUGGCAACAUUGGAUGGAGAGAUCGUGCGAGAUCUCGUGGCGGGUCAAGGGAAAGCUUUCCUGCUUGGACUUGGAAAAUGGCUUUCUGUGGGCGUGGUUGCAAGCUACACAAACUCGAUGAUCAAGUUCUUGCAAUCCAAGAUCAGCAUAGCAUUCCGGACAAGGUUGACCAGGUACAUUCACGACUUGUAUCUGAGCUCGAACAUGUCGUAUUACAAAAUGCAUACCCUUGAUGGCAGCAUCGACCAAGGAGCCGAUCAAUUCAUUUGCCAGGAUCUUACUCUAUUUUGCGAUAAUGCUGCUCAGCUGUAUUCCAGUCUUGGGAAGCCGUUGGUUGAUCUCUUCACCUUCAAUUAUCAGCUCUACAAAUCGCUGGGUCCUCUGGCACUGGGAGGGCUGCUUAGCAACUAUGCUGCUACAGCCAUCUUGCUGAAAAGGCUCAGCCCACCAUUUGGCAAGCUAAAAGCGGCAGAAGGACGCAAGGAGGGUGCUUUCAGAGCACUACACUCAAGACUGAUCGCCAACGCCGAGGAGGUGGCCUUCUAUGCGGGCGGGCCUACCGAGCAUGCCUUGCUGGACGCAGGAUUCAAAGAGUUGAAGAAGAUGAUGGAGACCAUCUACCGUGUCAAGAUUGGAUACAACAUGCUGGAAGACUUUGUGCUGAAGUAUACCUGGUCUGCGCUGGGCUUCGUUGUGACCAGUCUGCCUGUGUUUUUACCCGGAUUGCACAUUGCACCAGAGCCACCCUCAACGACUGGCAGUGGCGAGGGCUCGGCGGACGUUUCUGAUGACAGCAGGACAGGGUCGCGGACGAAACAAUUCAUCACAAACAAGCGACUCAUGCUCAACCUCGCUGAUGCUGGAAGUCGCAUGAUGUACGCCAUCAAGGACUUAUCGGAGCUUGCAGGGCAGACUAGCAGAGUGUUCCUGCUUAUUAGCACUCUUCAUCGCGUGCAUGCGAAUGCUUACCAUCAACCAAGAGACCGCUUUCCUGAGCUAUACAACUUGGCAGACGUGCAUGGUACAUUGCACAAAGGCUAUGACGGCGUGCGGCUGGAGAACGUGCCGAUUGUUGCUCCUUCAGCACAUCCGAACGGCGGCGAAGAGCUGAUUGACAACCUGCAAUUCAUAGUCGGGCCAGGCGAUCAUCUACUCAUUACCGGUCCCAAUGGCGCGGGCAAGUCCGCUGUCGCCCGCGUAGUCGCUGGCUUGUGGCCGACGUACCGUGGUCUAACAUCAAGGCCACGCAACACCGGACAGGACGGUAUCAUGUUCUUGCCUCAAAGAGUAUACUUGAGUCAUGGCACGCUUCGCGACCAAGUCAUCUACCCGCACACAGAGGUUGACAUGAAGGAAGCCGGCCGCACAGAGAUGGAACUUCUUGGCAUCCUUGAGGAGAGCAAAUUGGGCUACAUACCUGAUCGCGAAGGUGGCUGGGAUACGAGGAAGAUGUGGCAAGAUGUGCUUAGCGGUGGUGAGAAGCAGCGCAUGGCGAUUGCUCGAUUACUGUACCACGAGCCACGCUAUGCUUUCAUUGAUGAGGGCACUUCUGCGGUGAGCUCAGAUGUGGAAGGUAUCCUCUACGAAACGUGCAAGAAGAAGGGCAUCACUUUAAUCACCAUCUCGACUCGAGCUUCCUUGAAACGAUAUCAUUCUUAUACUCUCACACUUGGCCUGGGCGAGGACGCCAGCGAGUACGAGUUUAACAGGAUUGGAACUGCGACCGAGAAGAGCAGUGUUGAGCGAGAAAUACAGGAGCUCAAAGAGAAGCUGAGCCUGGUCGACAAGUGGAAGCAAAGGCGGCAGGAGAUUGAGGAAGAAUUGAGCAAAGUCUGGGUCGGGGGCGAGGAGUUGCCUGCGCCGGAAUAUUGCAGCAAUGGUAAUGGAAGCUCUGAGGGUGAGACCGUCAGUGUGUAGAGGAUGACGCAAGUCCCGUCGAGGAGGCCUCACUUGAACCUUCGUUGAGAGUGGAGCUUGUCCGGACAGCUCACACAGCAUGCUGGAAAUAUUUGACAUCGACUUGCCAGCUCUUGAUCCAGAUCAGAGUGCGCGCCUCUGGCAGCUGCUAUACUUCACAUUCAUGGACACCUGCAGCUCAGAAGACGAUGUUAAGAGGUGGGCGAUGACAACUUCAGCUUGAAGUUUCGAGAGCAGAAUCCCCUCGAGUACGACGAUCAGGGCACGUGGAAAACGACGACUGCAAGGAUCGAGCGCACCACAACACACAGCGGGCACAGUUGCUUGCUUGCUCAAUACUUCCCCAGCUUCCUCAUAUAUUCGGCAGAGAUCGUGAACAACUAGAGCUGGCGCCCAGUGGACGCAAAAUGCUCUCAGAAUAUCACUUAUGCACCGCAUGCAUGUAGCAUGAGUCAAUAUGCAAGGAUGCUACCAAAAGAUGGUUCUUUGCUGAGAGCAACAGAGACGGAAGCUGCCAUAGGUAUCUUCCAUACCGAACUUUCCAUUGAUCCUGCUAUCGGCGCCGAUUGCCAAUCUGCUGAGGUAGACCUCUCUCCCACAAGUACGCC